AUGUCGGUGAAUUGCGCAAAGACAUGUGGUUGCCCGACUGGGCCGCCUACAACACCAGCUCCAAAACCGAGAUGCGGCACCGCACCGGACAAAUCCGCCGAUUGUCAGCAGAAAAGCGGUUUAUGUGGUAGAGCGGUACGUUCUGUUUUACAAGGUUUUACACUUGGUAUCUUUGCUAAGAAGUGAAAAAAUUCAUUUCAGGAAUAUAUUCGAUUGAUGAAUAACAUAUGUCCGGACACUUGUGGUUGCGUUACAACUCAGUCUUCACAAAGUCAAGGCUGUUGGGAUCGGAUUCCAGAGUGCCCAAAGAAGUCCUAUCAAUGCUUUGUUGAAGUAAGUAUGCCCAUCGUAGACUUCGCUCUUUAUAGUAUUCUUGAACUCUAAGGAGCAGAAAUUAUACUAACUAAGCUUCACAAGUGGGCUUAUAGGCUGGAAUUAUUAUAGAUUGUUGUUGCUGCCCUGAAUAUAUAACUUGUAUACUGAAACUGCAUUUUUAGUCGUAUUUCCGUCUUAUGAAGCGGAAUUGUGAAAGAACAUGCAACUUCUGUGGGUUGAACGAAUUUCCAAAAGACAGAAAGCCACCGGCGGAUUCGAAACCAAAGCUUGGAUAA